AUGGUGGCAGGAUGGGACGUCACUCUAGAAGAGAGCAUGAAAGGAAUGGUCCCGAAAAUGGCACGGUCGAUUGCUGGAAAGAAGCUACCACCAGUUCCGGCGGGCCUAGAAUUGGAUGAAAAAGGGAAGCCUCCAACAUCCAUCAUGCUUUUCUACCAGUAUGUGGAACCCGCUUGGACUUCCAAACAACAUCGACGGGCCCUGUCCUUUGUGCAUGAACUUGGCCGCAAGAAUGGAGUGACGGGUCGAGGCCGUUGCUCUGCUGAGGGCCUGAACUGCACGCUUACAGGCACUGCAGAAGGUGUGAGAGCCUUCGCCCAAGGUCUGCGAGACUGGGACGCCCUCUUCGAUGAGACAGACUUCAAAAUCACAGAUGGCCUGGACCAUCACAAGAAGUUUAAGAGCUUGACGAUUCAAAAGAAGGAGGAGCUUGUGGCAUAUGGCUUGCCAGUAAGCUCUGCGCCAUCCUUGAAGUCCAAUGAGACAAAGCACAUCGAAGCAGAUGACUACCACAGGAUGAUGCAUGAGCCGAACACAGUCAUCAUUGAUGUAAGAAACCGAUAUGAGACAGAGAUCGGACACUUUCAGCCACCGCCCGGUGGUGCAGACUUCGUGGACCCGAAGGUCCGUAACAGCCACGAACUCCCGAAAUGGCUCGGCCUGCCGGAGACACAGGACAUGCUCAAAGGAAAGAAGGUGAUGAUGUACUGCACCGGAGGCAUACGCUGCGAGCGCUUCUCUGCACUCAUGUCUCAACUGAAGCAGGACAAUCCAGACUUCAAGACAGAAGGAGAGUUCAUGCUGCGAGGCGGAAUCGAGCGCUACGUGCGAACUUUCCCCGAAGGUGGUUACUGGAAGGGCAAAAACUUCCUCUUUGACAAGCGCCAAGAGCAGAUUCCAGAGAACAAGCCAGAAGAGGAGACCGAGAAGGAGGUGGAGAGCAAGUGCUGUUCUUGCAAGCGCCCGUGGGGGCUUUACCGCGGGCAGUUCAAGUGCUGUGUGCAGGACUGCCAGGUGCCCGUCAUUGUGUGCCCAGACUGCCGCUCAGAGAUUGAGACCGGAGAGAACGCGCCGCAGCUGCAGUGCCCGCUGUGUGAGGAGGGUUUUCGGCUGCGAGACCUCCACGCGCCCUCCCUCAAGCCAGCUGAGAAGCGCAAGGCAGUCUCCGACGCUCCUGCCGGUGUGGCGGAGCGCGCGGCCAAGCGCCGAGCGAAGCAUCAAGGAAAAGCGCCUUCACAUCGACUUUUUGUGGGAAGCCUUCCGCUGACAGUCGAUGCUAGCAUGGUGCGCGAAACGCUGGGAAAGGGUGUGGGUGUCAUCCACUGGAUUGUGGACAAGACGACGGGCCUGUGGUACGGAUCCACCUUUGUCAAGAUGGCCACCGUGGCAGAUGCUGAAAGGGUGGUCGAAGCCGCUGGCACAGGAGGUCUGCGAAUGGGCAAGCGAAAGCUGCGCAUCAACUUCGCACCAGUGCCAGAUGGUGAGGUGUGGCCUCCAUCUGGCUUUGCACAGGCGGAGCGACCGCCAGUUCCAGUUUGA